AUGUGCAUAGCUGUUGGUGUUAAUGAUGGGGGUAAUGAUGACAGUGAUGACGAUGACGAAGAUGACGGUGGUGAUGGGGAUAGAGGAUGCUUCCGAUCUGGUGUUGGCAUUUAUCAGUUCGUUGUUAUGAGACUCCGUCUAGUACAACCGCACGCUGAUGGGAAAUAUGGCGUAAUGGUGUGUGUUGAUGCUUUUUAUGCUUCAUUAUCCGAUAUUCCACCUGCAGUUAUAUUGAAUUAUGAUGCGUUUGAUCAUAGUUUUGCGUUCAUUUUUAAGUAUAUUACUGUCGGUGAUGUUGAUGAUUAUGAUGAUGAUGACGACGAUAUAUGUAUAUAUGUGUAA